AUGGCUGCCAUGGCAUCGCCGUACAAGGUGUCGAUUCCGCACAACUCUGACACUGACACUGUCUCUGUUUCGUCCGACCUCGACACCACGCAUCACCAACAGACCCUGUCUAGCCCGCUCUCGUCUGCCACCACUGCUUCCAUCUUGCUAGACGACGAGCUAGACUCCCUCGUCGACGACCGGUUUCAUCACCACUUCCCAGACUCAGACUACCCCGACAACCACCACAACCAACCCUCCCAAUCCCAAUCUCAAUCCCAUCACGACGCCCGCUACCCUACCACUGGCUCCUCGGCCUCUAGGACUCCCUCAUAUCGUCGUUCUCGCUUCAAAUCCAUCGAGAGCAACGCCAGCGCUGCCACUAGCCUCUACUCGUCUCACUCCUCACACCCGCCUCGAACCUCAUCGCUCUCCCACUCCUCGUCGUCUGUCGCUCCGCUCUUUGCAUCCACCGCUCGCGCCAGUGCCAGUCCCAUCAAGAGGAAACCGUUGUCUGCCACCGCUUCAUCCAUAGCUACGGCGUUUCAAAGAUCAUCUACUGCCUCCUCAACCGCCGCCAGCUCCGUCGUCACCCCCGUUGUCCCGCCGCUGCCUCACGGGGCUGCCAAUGCCGUUGCAACCAACACUCCUGUAACCGCCCACUCGGUGCCAUCUCGGAACAGCUCGCAACAGACAACCCGUCCUUUGACUACUGUCUCUUCAUACAUUGUCGGCCUGCCAGAGCCUAAUACGCGCUUUGCACGACCACCCUCCGUCGACAGUCCCACCCUCUACCACUUCCCACCUACGACGUCUAUAGGACAGCUGCCUUUGUUUCAGUCCUUGGAAGAUACUAGCCAGCACCGAGACUCCCAACCAGCCACCUUGAGCUCGCGCAGCAGCACUCCCCAAGCCGAAGCCCAGUCAGUUGCAACCUGUGCAGACGACGACCUCUCCGACGUUCUCUCCAUUUACGGAGGCCCCGCAUCAGAUUCCACCCCGGAUGCUGCUUCCCCCGCUACUCACGCCAACCCUCUAAGACGCCACGAUUCCUACGACGGCGUUGACCGGAAGCGUUCCGACUCUGCAAGCACAGAUUCACCCACUCUCAUGUUUGCGCACAAACCGACGCCUCCUCACCUACGAUUAGAAACUGUGGAUAAGUCAUCGCCUGCCGAGUCAGAUCACAACACAAACCACGACUCUUCGCAUUCAGAAUCCCCCGCUCUACCUCCUAAACUCGACAAGCCUUUGCCAAAGUCACCUGGCGGCCAGACCUCGCCGUUUUCCGCCUUGUUCAGCUGGGGCAAUAGCACCAAUAACGCGGCCGGCGUCGACUACUCACCUAUUCCGUCACCCGAGACCCCUACUCGUCGUGCUGGGUUAUUAGAUGAUUCCACUCGUCCGCCACCGUCCAUUACCUUAUCUAGAGACCCAAAGUCUAAUGCCGCCGUCGCUAACCCACUCGGAUAUUGCGAAACACAACUGUCUACACCGCCGCCUCUCGUUGCGUCCUCAUACAUCCAUUUAGAAGAGAUGGAGGACGAACUCAAGGCCAUCAGCUCUGAAUUAGCGGCCUCGAUCCGUCGAGAGAUCGAUCUCGAGGACCUGGUGGAUCGUUUGCAAGAGCAGGCCAACAAUGCUCAGGCCGGAGGCAAGCGCACCAGCGACUACUUUUCCGACUCUGGCUACAGCUCCGCGAAACUCAGCGACUUUGAUCAAUCUCGCGAUGAGAUUGAAAAGAUCCAGCGUCGGUCCGAACAGGAAAAGGCAUCGAUACGACUGGAGCUUACAAACAAACUCCAAGAUGAGCGCCAAAAGAUCAAGUCACUCGACCACCAGGUCAAGGAGCUCGCCGAGAGAGCUUCCCGCAUUGAUCUUGCUGAAAUCAACAAUAUGGAUGCCAACGGUCGCUUAAAAGAACUCGAAAGCACAUGCGAAGAUCUUCGAAGGAAGCUUGUGGAGGAACGCUUCUCCAAGAGCAACUUUGAGGAUUUGCUCACUGCCCUCAAAGGUGAGCUGAGCAGCGCCUGCAGCGAGCGCGAUAACCUGCGUGACGAAGUUGUGCCUCAGCUGCGCUCUCGCGUCGAGGGUCUCGAGGCUGAAGCCGCUAGCUACGCUAGCUUGACAUAUGAAUCGACAAAAAUGCAGCAUCAGCUGCAAUCCCUGCAAAAAGAGAACUCUUCCCUCCGUGACUCGGCUGCUGGCGUUGAGGAGAUUGCUUCUCGUGGUGGCCUCGCAAGAUCAGAGUCCCUUUUCCGCAGCCAAAAACAGCCCAUCUCGCGGAGUGAUAGCGUUGCUAAUAAGCAUGCUCCUGCCGAAUCCCGCGAGGCUCUCGCGGAGCGCCUCAAGGACGUUGAAGCCCAGCGUGACGCCUUGCACAGCGCCCUAAAGAAUCUGCUGGAGCGCCAAGAAUUCCAGAACCGCGAAAAUCAAAAGAAGAUUAAGAUUCUUGAAAGCGAGCGCCAACGUCUACUCUCCGAAUCUCCGCAAAAGGCCGGUUUCGAAAAGGACAUUUUCAAUCUUCGCACAGAAGUCAACGUCUUGCGCCGUCGCGCCGAGGAGGCCAUGGAACAAAAGUGGCAGGUAGAAAAGGGUCUUGGUGGCCUGAAGAUGGACCUUGAUAGAGCCGAGGAAGAAGUCACUUCGCUGCGCAGCAUGCUCAAGGAAAAGGACAUUCUCACUGCUCGUACUCCAAGCUCAUCUGCCGACGCCAGCGUCACCUCUGAGGAGCUUGAGAAUGCGUACAAGGCUCUACAGGCCCAGUAUAACGAGUCCCUCGAGCGUAUCAAGAAGCUCGAGAACGGCCUGCCUGGCGAUGAAAAGACGAUGCAGGCUCUCCAACGGCUGGAGAGUUCCCUCAAUGCUGCUUUGUCCGAGCGCGACAUUGCGCGUGGCGACGCUAAUGGCCUCCGGAGCCAGUACGACCAGCUGGCAAGCUUCUCGGCCAAGAACAUAGACUCGGAGCGUGCUCUUUCUGACGAGCUUAGCGAGUCUGUCGCCCGUGUUGAGCAGCUUGCCUCUCAGGUCCGCUCUCAGAUUGCCACCAACUCUGAACUGCGCCAGCGUCUGAACGACGCCGUCACUCGCAGUGAGGCAGACCGCAAGACCAACUCGGACCGUAUUGCGGGGCUACAGGAGCGCCUCCACAUUCUGGAAGAACAACUGGUCACGGCCCAAGCCUCAUCUGACGAGCGCGUUGCUCACCACGAGGAGGAAGUCAUCAAGCUCAAGGACGCUCACAACGAGCAGCUCCGCCGCCUACAGGAGGGUGGUGGUGUCGGCAUCGUUGGUCCCCGCAAGGGCUCUCUGCUCAACCCGGCCAAUAGCCUGUUCAACCGCGCUGCCAGCGCCCUCCCCCCCAAGAACUUGGAAGAGGAGGUUGAAAUUAAGAAGCUCCGUGCUCGCGUGGCUGAGCUGGAGAAGGCCCUUGCAGAGGCAGACACAGAAAUGCAGGAAGUCAUCAAUAAGAUGAGCCUUGCGCAGAUUGAAGUCAUGAACCUCCAAGAGGAGCGCGAGGCUGCCGUUCGCGAGACCAGACGUCUUGAAGGCAUGCUGAAACAGGAGCAGUCUAGCCCGUUUGCUGGACGCUUGAAAUCUCUCGCCGUUGGUGCGUGA